AACAUUUUAGUAUAUAUAUUGGACAAAAAUGUUUGAAAUUUAUGCACGUGGAUAGCAUGCGCUUGCACAUGCGCACUGACUCCAUUCUCGUUCCGCUUUGCAUCUGGUUCAGUUGCGAGCAAAUGGCGUCGUAUGGAUGGAGUUCAUUGCGUCAAAUUUCACAAAUGAUGAAUGAAUUCUAAGUUUAACUAUGAAUUUCCCAUAAAUUAAAAAGAAAAAAGAUUAAGGGAAAUAUUUUAAUACAAUGAACGAAGUAAGUGGAGGAAAACAAGAAAUAGCCAGUACAUCAGCUUGGGAAACAUUAUCAGGACAGUCGGUUUCCUCUUUACCAGCCAUGCAUCAUCACCAUGAAGCAUUGCCACAAGAAAUAAGUCCACCAGUUACACAAGUAAUUGUCCCUACACCUGUAAAACUUCAAGCUCCUGUAUUACCACUGCCACAGAAUGUCAUUGAGCAUUGUUCACCUCUUGCUCAUAUACAACAACCGUCUCUGAUUCCGCAAAAUACUACACCUACUGGAUUUACGGAACCAGAAUUAUCCCCUGAACUUCAGCAACAAGGUUGGAAGAAAUUUUGGAGUAAACGAGAAAAUCGGCCAUAUUUCUGGAAUAAACUAACUGGUGAAUCGUUGUGGGUUAUGCCUUCACUCAAACCUCAGUUUGAUCCAAUUACUGAUCCUUUGGGUAUAUGUGGCGUACCACCUAUGCCUGGAAAUGGUCCUUUACCUCCUGGUACGCCAGGAGGCACGUUGAAGCGUCGAGCUUCUGAGGAUGGGAAUGCCGUACUUGCUGCAAAGAAGUUUGUUUUAGCGGGCCCUUGGGAUUUAGAAAUACCAACUAAUGUGAUAAUAUACGAGAGAGCACCAUCUAAUUUGCCACACGUUCAUCCUGAAGCGGAAGCAUUGCGAUGUGGUUUACUUUCAAAAUUGAGGCAGUGCUACCAAGAAUUAUGUCAUACUCGAGAAUCGAUAGAUGCUCCGAAAGAUUCCUUUAACCGUUGGUUAAUGGAGCGAAAGGUGAUCGACUGUGGUUCCGAUCCCCUGCUUCCAAGUCAAUGUUUCCCUGAAAUUUCAAUGUCAAUGUAUCGUGAGAUCAUGAAUGACAUUCCUAUAAAACUUGUAAGACCAAAAUUUACUGGCGAUGCUAGAAAGCAGUUGUCACGUUACGCCGAAGCUGCAAAAAAAAUGAUCGAAUCAAGGGCAGCUUCACCCGAAAGUAGGAAAGUGGUAAAGUGGAAUGCCGAAGAUACGUUUCAGUGGUUAAGGCGAACAGUUGGUGCAACAUUUGACGAUUUCCAAGAUAGACUAGCACAUCUUAAACGUCAAUGUCAGCCACACUUAACCGAAACUGUAAAGGCUAGCGUUGAGGGCAUUUGCUUAAAAAUCUAUCAUCUAUCCACCGAGUACGCAAAAAAAGUAAAAGACAAAAAUAAUCAGAUUUUAAAAGACAAUGGUCUGGGGGAUGUUAUUCCCUUAGGUGGACCUGCCAGUACGCAAAGAAAAGUUUGGUGUUACCCGGUGCAGUUUUCUCUUCCAUGUCCACGACUUCCACAAGUAGACUACAUUCCGGAAAGGGAGCAAACGAUGUUGCGCUUCCAUGGGGAUACCAUGUGCAUCAAUAACUUGCACUUAACUAAACUCGAGCACCUUUACAGGUAUAAUUGUUUCGAUGAUAAGAAGUUUGAAAUGUUUCUACCCAGAGUGUGGAGUAUGCUAAAACGGUAUCAAACCUACCUUGGAAUAAACGAAGGGCAUGCAACGCAAAUGGCACUGCCUGUCACAGUUUUUGAGUGUCUACAAAGAUCAUUCGGAGUGACAUUUGAGUGUUUCGCUUCACCACUGAAUUGUUACUUUAGGCAAUACUGUUCAACGUUCUCGGACACAGAUUCGUACUUUGGAUCAAGGGGACCGUUUUUAGAUUUUCGGCCCGUAAGUGGAUCUUUUCAGGCCAAUCCACCUUAUUGCGAAGAACUCAUGGAGGCAAUGGUCAAUCAUUUCGAACGUCUUUUGGCUGAUUCGGCUGAGCCUCUGUCCUUUGUGGUUUUCCUUCCGGAGUGGAGGGAUCCAGCACCCAAUGCUUUAAUUAAACUCGAAAGCAGUCACUUUAAACGAAAACAAGUUGUUGUACCAGCCAUGGAGCAUGAAUAUAGACAUGGUUUUCAACACAUUCUACCUAAAGGAGAGGUGAACAUUAGAGCAGCUCAUGGAACGCUGGUUGUUUGGCUGCAAAAUGCAGCAGGAACGACUCGCUGGGGACCUACCGAAGAACGCGUUGAAGCAUUACUCGAAGCUUGGAGGCCUGGUAGAGAAAGAGAAAGAGACAGACAGGAACUUCUUUCUCCUCCAAGACAAGCUCAUCAACAAGCGAUACCGGCCACACCGCUCCCUGUACCGACUACUCCAUCAACCCCAACAUUGCCGACAUUAUCCACUCUAACGACUCAUCCUAUGUAAUUACAAAGUUUCAUUUUUCUAAGUGCGCUUUUUGGCUCAUGAAACAAAGGCAAAAUUCAACACUCCUGAGCAGGGAUUCCGUACGCCAAUUCGGUGGCUAUCGAUAUCGUUAGCCUAUUGGAAUAACACGAGUAACGUAUCCGUAGCUACCGAAUUGACGUACAGAAUUCCACCUCUGCUUUGCAUAUUAGCAACUCAGGAUGUUCCGCUCUCUGACGUGGUUGGACGUUUAAUGUUUGAAGUUAUGUCUGAAUAGUCUACAAAAUAGAGUACGUUUAACACCAAGUUGUUCGAAACUUGAAAUGGUUUAAAAGUCCACAGAAGGAAAGAAUUGAUUUAAGAAAAAGAAAUGCUAAAAUCAUUUUGUUAGAAACAUUAAUGACUUUUAUAUCGAAACUCACAGUUAAUGAUUUGAUAAGAGAACAGGGCCUGUAAACUACAAACAGAUGCCCCUCUAUAAAUGUCAAUUGUGUUCCUAGUAUUUCACGAUUCGUCUUACUUCUGAUUUUUGAGAAUUCACUUACUUUCUCAAGCGAUUUGGUUUAAUUACUGUGGCAAAAAGUAAAAGCAAAAUUCUUUUAUAAAUUGAUAGAUUAGUCAUCAUAAUGAUGACUAUAUAUCUAUUGUAUAGGUAUACAGAGAGAACGGCACACGUAGUCUACAUGAUUCAGAAAGUCUGAUGUCUUGAAAUUACUUGUUCGUUGUUGCUAAUCGAUGCACUGGAUUGUUCGAAAUGUGUAGACUAUUAGAAUUGUAGAUAUACUUGCCAUGCAAGCUGAAAGGUAAUGGUUAUCACCGAGACCCUUGGGAAAUUGAAUUUUUAUAUAAGUAUGGUAAAGGCGUUUGACGUACUGUGUAAAUCUUUACAUUAAAAGGAAAAAAAAAAAAGUGAAUAUAAUUAUAAUAAGAUAUGUUGUAAUUAACAAAUUACACAAAUAACUUGUAUAAAUAAAUACGCAUGCGCGGGCGUCCGUGCGGAUGUGGUAAGAGCAUACGCGUGGACUUUAAAUAUGAAAAAGUAUAAAUAACAAUUUCGAAUACUUAUUAAAUAUCAGAAAAUCUCUUCAUUGUGUGAACAUACAUUAAAGAAUGUAACGGGCAAUGAAAGCUUUAUGGCGAGCAUAACUUUUAAAAAAUAACACUUGACUUCGAUGAGUAGUUUCCAGUAAAGCUCUGUACAGUUUGAGAGUGAAAUUUUUACCGCAGGAGGUAAGGCAGCAAAUGUAUCAUUGAAUGCUAACACAGAUUCCAAUGAGAUCUCACCUGCCGUGUUAAACAUAUCUACUGAUCGAUUAAGAUAUCGAUGACAGAGGCAAUAACACUUAUGAUUGACAUGUUUUCUGAGGGUGAAAAGCGCAUAUCGUAAAACUUCUAGACACUCGUUGCAGCACAAAAUAUCCGAAUGGGUUCAAACCUGUCGAUUAUGUACAUAUAUACACCUAGCAUAGUUAUGGACUUAUUUUAUUAUUCUAAGUAGCAAUUAAUCUUGGCUUCUCAUACUCCACUCCUGCAAUAUGCGCUGGCUUUCUUUUACUGAUCACGUGCAUUCAUCGCGUUCCUUACUCCUCGAGUAGCUAUACAUUCAUAGAUUUUGUACAUUUUUAUUAGCACUACAUUGUACAUACCUAUAGCGUCUUUGAAUCUGGAACGAUUAUACUCAUUCGACUGGUAGUAGAUAAGACAAUAGAGUCUACAAAUUGGAACUAUAAAUUCAAUUUUAUCGCGUCGUUUAUUUUACGUGGUAGGUGAGAAGCAUCCAACAUCGGUGAUAAAUGUUAUCACUCUCAUGUCACGAAUGUAAAGUAGUGCAAUUCAAAAGGUUAUGAUUCCGUUGAUGAAUAUCUUUACGUGCAAAAUCUAAAGAAAUACGAAUUAUAUAUUUGUAUUCAUUUGUAAAAAGAUUAUUAAUGCUGGAAAUUUAAAUAAGUAAUGUAAACUAUAACGAAAUCUGUUUUAAAUGUAAAUAUAAGAACGAUUCGUGUUGAAUACUUGAAGCACAGAUAAAAUACGAAAUGCGCAGUUUGCUGAAGGGGGUUGUUGUAUUCAGUUUGUAUCAGCCUUGUAGCAUCGAACUAGCAACAAUUUAUUUUCAAAUGAAUUUCUUUAGCGUCCAGAUAAAGAAUAUUGAAAAAAAAGGUUUUUCACAAGUUUAUAUGUCACGGGAUAUCAGAUUCAGAUUCAACAUAACUUCCUGUUGUAAAAUAUGUCGUUAAUAAAUAAUUUUAUAGGGUUUAAACUCUUGAAUUUCCAAUCGAUACGAUCUGUUGGCAAUCUUUUUUGUGCAGUUCGGCCUAUUAAAAAAAUGUGUAUAAUACGUGAAAUAAAUAUUGAGCUUUAGGUGCCGCUCUAAUCAUUAAACAUGUUAUUAUUUUUUUUUUCCUUCAAUUUACUUCGCAUUACUUAUGCUUACACGUAUCACAAUAAAAUGUGAUCGAAUUCUUUAAAAGUUUCAAUUAAGGGAGACAUUAUAUCUUAUUAACACUGUGUAUGUAUAGAUUGUGGAGAUUUUAUAUAAGUAUAAAAUAGAAACGAAUGAGAUCGUUUUCCAGUAAUUAACAGAAAUUUUGAUUUUGUUGUUUAACUUGACAGUGUACAUUCGAAAAUUAUGUGAACGAUGAGAGAUUAAUAGUACUUUUUCCGUUAACAACCUAUGAUGUUUAGUCAUUUUAAAACCAAUACUGUGUUAUUUUGUUUUAAGGUCUAAGAGUUUCUUAUAAUAGAUAGCAUUUAUUUUUAACACUAUAGAUUAGAAAACGAGAUCAUUAUGAAAAACACGGGGUAGAAGAAAUUGAGAGGCACUGAACACUAAAAAGUGCAUACGCAUUUUUUAAGCGCAAACAAUUCUUUCGCAUGCGAACUAAAUGUUAAAGACGUGGAUGUACUAAAUCAAUCAGUGCAUUAUAAUUGCCCAAGAAAUUGUAAAUCGUAAUAAGGAAAUGACUUACCUUUCGAUUUUUAUAAAAAUUGUGAAGAUCAACUAUUCUAAUAUAGUUGGUUUGUUAUUAUGAUACGCGAGUAAAUGCUACAGAUGAGAGUGGAAUUGAAAGACAUUUGAAUUUCCAUAAGUUGAUUUUUUAUUAACAUCAACAGUUUGUUAGAGCAAUGGCACAUUUAUACUAAAAAUGUAUUAAUACAAACAUUAUUUUACAUUUUCAUAACGGCAAUUUCACCAAUGAUAAUACUAGGAAAAUAAUCAAUUAGCGACUAUGAUGAAGACAUAAAAAUUAAAAAAACUACUUGACACCCUAACAAUUGCUAAUACGAGGUGUUAAUCAAGUAUUAUUUUAAUUUACGCCAAGCUGCACCUGAACUUAAGGACAUUAAGUUGAGGGUAGUUUUUGCUGUGUAACUAAAGUGUCAAAAUAUGUUCUUUAGGCAUAUGAUGGAACACAUCUACUGUGCAAUAGUAGAGUGAACACGAUUGUGAAUACAAAUUUUUAACCGUAUUUCGGGAAAAGUGAAAAAUUUGAAGAUUUUAAUAUGAUGUAAAUUAUUAAGAAAAUGUUAUAACUGCAGAUGAAUAAAUUGGUCUUAUUUAUAAAAAA